AUGAAAUUUGGCAAGAGACUAAAACAACAUGUUCAAGAAACGUUGCCCGGGUGGCGCGAUAUGUACUUGAAUUACAAGGACUUGAAGAAGCUCGUGAGGUUGAUUUCCUCGUCAUUGGAGUAUGGAAGAUCCGAAGCUGAGUUUGUUUACCAUUUGAACAAUGAAAUUGAAAAGUUUAAUGCAUUUUUCAUGGAGCAAGAAGAGGAUUUCAUUAUUCGUCAUAAGGAGUUGCAACAAAGACUAAAGGGGGUGAAUGAGAGUGAACCAUUAUCACAAGAAGAAUAUGAAGAAGAGAUGGCCAAGAUAAGAAAAGAUAUUGUUGACUUUCAUGGUGAAAUGGUGCUUUUAGUCAACUACAGCAACAUAAAUUAUACUGGAAUGGCAAAGAUUUUGAAGAAAUAUGACAAACAAACUGGGGGAUUAUUGCGGUGGCCAUUCAUCCAAAAAGUUUUAGAGCAACCUUUCUUCACAACCGAGCUCAUUUCAAAGCUUGUGAAAGAAUGUGAAGCCACCAUCGACGAGCUUUUUCCUACGGUAGUGGUGGAAGAGGAGAUGCAAGAGGCAGCAAUCAUGAUGGCGCGAGAAGGAAUUUUUAGGAACACCGUUGCAGCAUUGAUGAUCAUGAAAGAGAUACGAAAAGGGAGUUCGACUCAGAGUCAUUUUUCUCUCCCAACUCUAAAUUUACCUGAUACUGAGCUUAUUCGGUCAUGUCAACUCAACUCAUCCGUCACAAUCAUUUAA